GAUAGGAGGUAAUCCUCACAUGGUUUCUUUUCCUUUUUCCUUUUGCUAAACCAUUGGGUGGUGAGGGGGGUGUUGUGAUGUCCUUUUUAUUGGUGGUGUAUAUAUAGAAAGAAAGAAGUAGAGAUCAUGAGAGUGAAUCAAGUUGGGACCAAGAUCAAGGGAAUAGCCGUGACUGAGGGAGGGAUUAUGAUCAUAGGAGCAGAGAUCAUGAUAGGUGUAGUGAUCGAGAUUGUGAUCAGGAUUAUGAGCGCUCUCAAACUUAUGAUUCUAGAAGUCGCAACAGGUCAUGUUCAAGGUCUAGGGAAAGCUCCAAGGAUCAUGAUCACCACUGGGCUGUGCAAAACGGGCCUAAGCUACCACCCAUUAGCCCAAGCUGAAGGAGCAUCAGUACAAGCAUACCCACGUGACCAAGGCCACGUGGGUCAAGGGGAUGCUUACACAUGCAAAUGCAUGUCAGCACCAAGGGACUAUAAAUACCCCCCAACUACCUCCGAUGAAGGUGUAGAGGCAGCUGAAGACUUCAACAGUGUUGGACUGCGUAGCUGCCGAAACAUUGGCGCCGUCUGGGGUCGCCCUCCAAGAAAUGAAGUGGACGAACAGGAGGAUGCUCAUGUAUCUGAGCCCGGCUUGAAUGACUUUAGGCCAAUGCCAAGAAAUCUUUUUGUAGGAGGAGCCGAACAGGAUCAUCUAAGUGAGACGGAUGAUGAAAGAACACCAACUGGGUAUGCAACCCAGCCUGAACAGUUCCAAGUUCCAACAGGGACAAGACGAAGACCUUCUAAACCGCACGAUUCACAGCAUGAACGACCUGAAAGGUCAACAGAACCUGCUCGGACAACUGAGCUCGAAGAGAGAACUAGAGUUCUCGAAAUGGCAAUGGGUAAAAUCCUUACCCGCCUAAUUCUUGAUGACCCCCUGAUUCCUUUGCUGAACAGGGAUGCACAACCAGCUGCGGUUGUUGCAACUAGAAACUCUCCCGCUCUAAGCAAUAUAGUAGUGCCGACCAGGCCAAGAGGAAGUGGGAAGUUGAAUGUCGAGCCCAGCUCGUCUAAAUAUAGUGAAGAAUUGAUGAGAAAAAACGCAGACCUUGAAAGGCAGCUGCGGGAUGUACAGAAAUCCAUUGACGAGCUGAAAAGCCCCAGGUCGCACCAACAGACCUUGGAUUUGGAUAGUGCUCCGCUGAACCUAUCCAUCACAACAGAACCAUAUCAAGAGGGAUUCAAAAUUCCCCACCUAGAGACAUAUGAUGGCACGAAAGACCCGGAUGAACAUCUACACACCUAUCAAGCCAUCAUGAGGAUUCAAAACGCCAAUGAUGCCAUGAUGUGUAAAGUGUUCCCGACGACGUUGAAAUCAACAGCCCGAAGAUGGUAUCACAAACUCCCCAGGCAUUCAAUAGAUUCAUUUUCCCAGCUCGCCAAGCUGUUAUCUAACAAAUUUGCAAGCCAAAGGGAGAUCAAGCGCACAGCUACUGAGCUGAUGCAAGUUAGCCAGAAGGAAGGGGAGUCUCUGAGGGAUUACAUGCAGCGGUUCAACAAAGCCACAUUGGACAUUGGUAAUGUCCCAGACACAAUCUGCCUGUCCGCCCUGUUGCAUGGGUUGAAGCGUGGCCGGUUCCUAGACAACCUGCUUGAAAACCCACCGAAGACGUGGAAUGAGGUGAAUGACAGGUCAGCCAGCUUCAUACUGUCAGAGGACUUUCAGUUGUCCAAGCGACGAGCUGAUGACAAGCCGAACAGAGGCCAGGAACAACAACCGAGAAGAGAGGAGAAGAAGAAGCAGAAGGUCGGUGAGCAAUGGGGGAAACCAACUGAGUUCCCGAAGUACGCCAGUUACAUUCCUUUGACCUUACCUAGGUCUCAAAUCCUGGCACAAAUUCAGCACUGGGUUCGGAGACCUCCACCCCCACUACAUGAUUUCCCGAGGGUAAAUAAGAGCAAGCAUUGUGACUACCACCGUGUAUAUGGUCACAAUACAGAGGACUGCCAGCAUUUGAAGGAUGAGUUAGAAUUUUUGGCUCGUAACGGGAAGCUAGAAGGGUAUGUUCAGAAGCCUCACACCCAGCAACCCACUCAAACCCAUUUUGUGCAGGCGUACGACCGACCUCAAGGACAGAGGUACCAGCAUGGUGGGACACAGGAUGCAUAUCAGGAUAACCAGUAUCCUACUGAACAGAGCAGAGUGUACCGAGGACGUCCUUUCAACAGGAGAGGGCAGGGACCGAGAACUACCGCCCCGAAUAAAAAAGAUAGGAAAGGGGUAGGUUAUGCUGGGAUACCCCCACCUUCUGGUACAAUAAACAUGAUAUCAGGUGGUGUUCACUCUGGGGGCCAAAGCGCCCGAGCUCGCAAGGCAUAUGCCCGACAGGUGAUGACCGUCAACAAAAACAGACCCCUGAAACGGCCGUUUGAGGAAGCAGAAUGGGAAAAUACGCCCAUUACAUUCAGCACGGCAGAUUACAAGCGAGCAGAAGGAGAGCCCGACAUUACGAUGCCCCAUGCAGAUCCCUUUGUGGCAACAGUUCAUAUAAGCAACCAUAAUGUCAAUAAGAUAGGCACCAAACUCACAGAAGAAGAACGAGCAGAGCUUCUGGAGUUCUUGAGGGUCAAUCAAGAUGUGUUCGCGUGGACUACUGAUGAAAUGCCUGGCAUCCCGGCAGAGUUAACAGUCCACAAACUCAGCACAGAUCCUACCAGAAGGCUGGUGGUGCAGAAACGUCGCCUUUUUGGCCCAGAGAAACAAGCCGCCAUAGAUGAGGAGAUACAAAAGCUAUUACAGGCAGGCUUCAUUAGAAGAAUGGAGUACUCUGAGUGGGUGUCUAACCCUGUGCUCGUCAAAAAGCCAAAUGGCAAGUGGAGGAUGUGUAUUGACUUCACCAACCUCAAUGAUGCGUGUCCAAAAGACCCUCAUCCCUUGCCAAACGUCGAGAAGUUAGUGGAGUGGGCAGCUGGGCAUGAACGGAUGAGUUUUCUUGACGCCAGCUCGGGCUAUCACCAGGUUCAAUUGCUGUUGGACGACCAGGAGAAAACAACUUUUUACGCUGGUGAUGCAAUCUACUGCUAUGUCAUGAUGCCGUUUGGCCUCAAAAAUGCUGGAGCAACAUACCAGAAGCUGGUGCAAAUCAUCUUUAAGCUCCAGAUCAGCAGAAACAUAGAAGUAUAUGUGGAUGACAUGAUAGUCACCAGUGUGCGAGCUGAGGAUCACAUUGACGACCUGGACGAAACAUUUCAAAACUUGCGUCCAGCUCAAAUGAAAUUGAAUCCCUUGAAAUGCACGUUUGCUGUAGAAUCAGGGAAAUUCCUAGGGUGCGUGGUAUCCAAGAAAGGAAUCGAAGUAAACCCAGAGAAGGUUGAGGCCGUUCAGCAGAUGGAGCCGCCAAGGACUGUCAAAGACGUGCAGCGUUUGACAGGCCGUGUUGCUGCGCUGCACAGGUUUAUAGCCAGGUCGGCAGAAAGAUGCCUCCCAUUUUUCAAGGCCCUGCGGGAGCCCAAGAACUUUCAAUGGACAGAUGCGUGUCAGCAGGCCUUUGACGAGCUCAAACUAUACUUGGCAUCAGCGCCCCUGCUAUCCAAGCCUGUGGAGGGGGAAAGCUUGUAUCUGUAUUUAGGGGUUACAGCAGAGGCGAUUAGCUCGGUCUUACUCAGGGAAGAGAAUAAGAAUCAGAAGCCUAUCUGUUAUGUGAGCAAAGUCUUACAAGGCGCCGAGCAGAAUUACCCAGUAGCAGAAAAGGCCGCUUUUGCCUUGGUUUACACAGCCCGUAAGCUGAGAGCUUACUUCCAAUCACAUCAGAUUGUCGUCUAUACCGAUCUACCAUUGAGAAAAAUAUUGCAGAAACCUGAACUCUCUGGUCGGCUUAUUGGGUGGAGCGUCGAGCUGAGUGAAUAUGACCUAAAGUUUCAGCCGCGCACAACCAUAAAAGGCCAGGCCAUUGCAGACUUUCUGGUAGAAUGCAUCUCGGCGACGGAAGGAGACAAGGCACUUGAUUACCCAGCCUGGGUUCUGUAUGUUGAUGGAGCUGCUAACGUUGAAGGGUCAGGUGCUGGAGCUGUGUUACUGGGCCCUGAUGGCUUCAAGUCCGAGUACGCACUAAGGUUUAAGUUUCAGACGACCAAUAAUGCUGCAGAAUAUGAAGCCCUCAUAUAUGGAUUGAAGCUGGCGGCCGAGCUGAAGGUACAAAGCAUUCAGGUCUUCAGCGACUCUCAACUCGUCGUCCACCAAGUGAAUGGUAGUUGCGACAUCAGGGAUCCCCAGCUCGGUCGUUAUGCCUCUGUGGUCAACAGAUUGAAGUCAAGGUUCGCUUCAUUUCAGAUUGACAAAAUACCGCGGGCAGAUAACCACCGAGCUGAUGAGCUGUCAAAGUUGGCCUCCUCGCAGGACAUUAACCCUCAAAGAUCAACAAUCGUCGAGACUACACCACUCAUAAAUUAUCUGCAAAGUGGCAAGUUACCUGAAGAUCUGUCCACUGCGAAAACGAUUAAACGAAGGGCAGCACAUUUCACUUUGUUAGAUAACCACCUCUACAAACGUGCAGCCUCAAUGCCCCUCUUACGCUGCCUUACUCCUUAUGAAGCUGAAUAUGUCCCCACUAUGGUCGAGGACGCACAGAAUUAUGUCAAAAAGUGCCCGACCUGCCAGUUCAAUGCUGAUGAUAUUCACAUGCCAGGGGAAAUGCUAUCAUCUCUUACGUCUCCCUGGCCCUUCGCUCAAUGGGGUGUCGACCUGCUCGGCUCCUUCAUCAAAGGCAAAGGAGGCUGCACUUUCCUGGUCGUUGCCGUGGACUACUUCACUAAGUGGAUAGAAGCUAAACCACUGUCCACGACAACAGAAAGAAAAAUAGAAGAAUUCUUGUUCAAUUCAGUAUUAUGCAGGAUCGGCAUACCUAAGCGAAUUAUCGCCGACAAUGGGCCACAGUUCCGAGCAGCAGCACUGAGAUCGUUUUGUGACGACUAUGGCAUUGAGCUCGCUUUGACAUCCGUGUAUGCUCCACAAUCCAACGGGCAAGCUGAGUCCGCCAAUAAAAUCGUCUUGCGAGGACUCAAGACACGUGUUUUGGCUACGCAUUCUAAUUGGGUUGACGAGCUCAAUAAAGUGCUUUGGUCUUGUCGCACCACGCCCAGCUCGGCCACAGGCGAAACACCUUUCAGCCUGGCUUAUGGAGCUGAGGCCGUCAUCCCAGUAGAGAUUGGAUUACCAUCUGAACGAGCAGGCCGGCAUGACGAUCACAACAAUGAGCAACUGUUGAGAGAAAACCUGGACUUCGUGGAAGAGGUCAGGGAGAUGUCUAGAAUAAGGAACACGGCGCAUCAAAGUCGUGUGGCAAAAUUUUACAAUAAAAGGGUUCGAGCUCGCCAGUUUCAAGUCGCCGACCUGGUUCUACGCAAAGCUGGAUUGACAAACACUUACUCGCACAUGGGCAAGCUCGCUCCUAAUUGGGAAGGCCCCUACGUGGUGGUUCAAAUUAAACGACCUGGGUCUUAUGUGUUAGCAAAUAUACAAGGACGUCAGUUGCCUUACAUUUGGAACAUACACAAUCUUAGAAAGUUUUACAGUUAAUAAGUGCUCUGCCGUUUUAUUCACACUGUUAUCCAGCAAUUGUAAAUGACAAUGUACAGAAAAUGCGAAUGAGAAUACAACAAUUUCAAAAGG